AAAUAAAACAUCACCUGGGAAUAUGGAAACAGUAGUUGAUAAUAAUGAGGCAAUGCGUUGUGAGUAUAUCUCAUCUAUCUUACAUUCUGCUAUUCAUAUAGUCAAGAGCAUUACCAAAAGAAAGAUUACCAUAAGUCCUCAGUUUGAAGUGAUUGGUGAAGAAAAUACUGGUCAUGUUGACUAUGCAAUUAAAAAAAUUCUGGAUGACACAAAUAUCCUGGAGGAACUAGUCUGUAUAACUGAGGGUAAGCAGUAUCAAGUAUCUACCGGAUUUGCUCAGAAUUUAAUGCAAUGCAUGGGUGCACAGCAACCUUUGGGAAUUCAUAUUAUGACUACCUCUAUGGCAUUGUGUCUACAGGAUCAGAUUGCAUCCCUGGAUGAUGAUACUAGACUUUGUCAAGGAGUAAAAGAAGUUAUGGAAGCAAUCGUUGGGUUGCUAAAGGAUAGGGUGUCUGUUAAUGAUGAACCUGCAACUAAGAGGCAUUGUGUGGAAGGAAAAACCAAAGGAUAA